AUCAGAGCCAUGGGAUUUCACGAACGCCUGACCACCCGAGAGCAUGCAGCUGUCGAAUGACACCGGCCGAAUGUUUUCAGUCUCUUCUCUGAAAGGUAAAUGGGUGUCCGACUGUUGGGGGAGCAAAAGCUCCAACCCCAUUGCAUGUCGUCAUUGUGAUUGCGGACACCUUCCAGAAGCUCCCCAAUUAUGUCAUAGACUGGGUACCUGCAGUAGCAACUCACCUUCAGAUGUCCGAUUUAAUACAAAUAUUUCCGAGACCCUUUUUGUUCUUUUGACCUGGUUGAUUCCUAUUCAUUCAGACAUCCUUCUUUACCCGAGGAAGCAAUUUCGCAUCGAUCGAAGACCAAUCAUUCAAAAUGACUGAAAAGGGACAAUUCCAGAGUGGGCACGAGAUCCCGGUGACGCACCAGGACUUCCCUGGAAAAGAGGCCAAAAUGCCAUAUCCUACACCACUGUUCGAUGAGAUCCCAACUAGCGAUGGCAAGAACCAAAAGUACAGAGCUGCCGGCAAGCUCAAGGGCAAGAAUGCCAUCAUCACAGGUGGUGAUUCUGGUAUUGGCCGUGCGACUGCCAUCCUGUUUGCCAUGGAGGGUGCCAACUCGCUGAUUGCCUAUCUGCCUGAGGAAGAGGAUGAUGCCCAAGAGACCAAGAAACGUGUUGAGCAGUACGGUCAGCAAUGUCAUCUUAUUUCAACCGAUCUGCGGGACCGCAAGAAUUGCCAAAAGGUGGUCGAUGAGGCCGUCAAACUAUUUAAUGGCCAGAUCGACAUCCUUUUCAACAAUGCGGCCUAUCAGAUGAUGGUUCCUGACAUCAAGGACUUGUCCGAGGACCAAUGGAUCCAUACCUUCGACACCAACAUCCAUCCCUACUUCUACCUGGCCAAGUAUUCACUGCCUCACAUGAAGCCUGGAAGCACCAUCAUCAACAAUGCAAGCAUCAACGCCUACAUCGGCCGGCCUGACUUGUUGGAUUACACAUCGACCAAAGGCGCCAUCAUUUCUUUUACCCGUGGACUGAGCAAUCAGAAGGUUGGCCAGGGUAUCCGGGUGAAUGCUGUUGCGCCAGGUCCCGUGUGGACCCCCUUGAUCCCGUCGACGAUGAACGAUGACGCGCAGAAGCAAUUUACCAGCCCAAUGGGUCGGCCCGCACAACCGAGUGAGAUCGCAACCUGCGUUGUGUUCCUCGCGUCUACCGAUAGUUCGGCCAUCAGUGGACAGACGAUCCACUGCAAUGGAGGCACUGUUCUGAACGGCUGAGCGUCUGUGGAACUUGAGAGACUCUUAUGAUGUUACGACCAUGUAGUAUAACAUGAUUAUUCAAAUAAAUGGCAGCUGGUUCAUGUCGGAGAGACCUGUGAAAAGCUGCAAGCCAGAUCGCAGGUGAGAAAA